AUGGGAUCCUGGAUUAAUGAUCAAUGGGUUUGGGACCUACGAUGGAGGGAAGAAGUGGCGGGUGAGAAUGUGCUAAAGCUGGCGGUGUUGAAACAAAUUAUCUCCUCAACCGGGCUAACCAGAGGGAGGAAGGACACCUGGGCUUGGAUUAAAGAAGGGGACGACUAUUAUUCUGUAAGGUCUGCCUAUGACCUCCUUGCGGGUGUAGAUGCUGCACUUGAGAUACCAGCUUUCAAGUGCCUUUGGAAGGCUUAUGCUCCAUCAAAUGCAGUGGCUCUUGGUUGGAGGAUACUACAUAAUCGAAUUCAGACAAAGGUAAAUUUGGCACGCAGGAAUAUAAUCUCCAGUGAUAUUCUCUGCCCGUGGUGUGGUUCUGCAGAAGAAAACACUUCUCAUCUGAUUUUUCAUUGCGAAUUUGCGUGGGGGAUUUGGUCUUUAGUAUCAAAGUGGUUGGGGGUACAUUUUGUAUAUUCUGAUGCUCCUAGUGAUCAUUUAAUUCAAUUCUAUGACUGCAUGUCUGGAAACGUAAAGUACAAACGAGGUCUCCUUUCAAUCUGGCUUGCAAUUGUUUGGCACAUUUGGAUUGCUAGAAAUGCGAAAUUAUUUAAGGAAGAGAGUGCUUCAGGUGAGGAAAUUUUUGAGCUGGCAAGAACAAAGGCGUGGUACUGGCUGAGAGCAAGAAAUAAAGAUUUUCUACAUUCACUUUGGGAGUGGGUUAAUGAACCAUUAGCAUGUCUGGGAGACUUAUAA